GGUGCCAAUUCCUGAAACGGCUUCCCCUGGAUUUGAAAUAAUCAAUUUAAAGAAGGAUUGCAAAGAUGACGAUGUGGAAUCCCCACACAAUUUGUUUAACUUCACCGAACUGUCUGGGGUUGGAAGUCAUAAAUUUACCCAGGAUCCUCCUCACUCCGGAAUAAUUAAGCUUACAGGAAAUGUAGACUUGGAAAACACAACCGACGGAAGCCUGCAGAGACAAUAUAUUCUGAAUACCCUCAUCCAGGAUGUUUCUAAGCCUUUCUUUUCUGAACGGAUUUACAUUUAUAUUGACAUUGAGCCGGUCAAUGAGUUUCCUCCAGUCUUCAAUAGCUCUUUGUACACUUUUAACGUAUCUGAAAUAGUACCAUUCACUGGCAAAGUGUAUGAAUACAACUCAAAAUCCGGGGCACGGAGAUGGAAAACCCCCAAUGCGCUUUCCAUGACGGAAGUGAAAGAGUCCGUCACACAAGUAAUAACUCCUCCAAAGAGUGGCAAUGGCAGUCUGUUUAAAGCAGAGUCUACCGCUAGUGGCGGUGAAGGGAAUCUCAAACCGAAGCCGAGAUCUCCAAACAGUGGCGGAAAGGAUCUACCCAAAGCAGAGGCUACCACUACUAGCGGCGGUGAAGGGAAUCUCAAACAGAAGCCGAGAUCUCCAAGAAGUAGAGAAAACGAGCUACCCAAAGCAGAGGUUGAGUCUGGUGGUAAUCAAGGAGAUCUUAAGCAGAUGAAUCCUCCAAAGAAUGACCAGACAGGUGACCUAUUUCAAAGAGAAGAUGAAACCAGGAGACCAAAUCACCUCGAACCAACAGCCGUAGAGAAAAGGACGGAAAGUCCUUUAAAAUUGCAGAAAGCGAACGGGGAACCUGCCAGCAACCGAUCACCUUCACCCGCUUCCCCACGCAGGUCCCCCCUCCCCUCUCCCAAAAUAUAUCCCAAAUAUCAAAAUCAGUCUUAAAAACCAGGUGUCCGUAACCCAGAAGACAUAACACCUGUUCUGGAUGCCUCUGAAUGACCAAAUCAGGAAGCCAACUCUUACAGGAAGAUUACUGUCUUUUUCGGACUAUAAGAUGCACUUUUUGUCUCUCAAAAGGGAGUGAAAGUGUCUGUGCGUCUUAUGGACCGAAUAUGAUCAAAGCCCCGCCCACCCGCCAGCCAUUUUAUGGCCUCUACAUGCCCUGUUUUCGGGCCUAUUUUCAGCCUUUUUCAGCCCGUUUUCAGGGAUUUUUUUUUGACCCAUUUUUGAGGCUUUUUUCUUGCCCAAUUUUUUUGAAAAAUACAGGCUGAAAAAAAGCCUAGAAAAUGGGCCUGAAAAUGCCUCGAAAUGGGCCAAGAAAAGCUUUGAAAAUGGGCCAAGAAAAGCCUCCAAAACGGGCUGAAAAAACUUCAAAAAUAGGCCAAAAACAAAGCCU